AUGGCGAUAAAAUUGUGUUGCUUUCCCAAGGAUCCACUGGAGGAUGUUGAGACUUGGAGUGAGUCUGUGGACAAAGUCCUCAGUUGUAAAGCCGGACAGAUAGCUUUCCGGGAGUUUCUGAAGUCCGAGUACAGCGAGGAGAACAUACUAUUUUGGCUCGCCUGUGAGGAGUAUAAAAAAAUCAAGACGGCGCCAGAGAUGAUCUCUUCUGCCAACAGGAUCUACUCAGAGUUUGUCCAAACAGAAGCGCCCAGACAGAUCAACAUAGAUUGUGGUACCAGAGAAAACAUAACAAAGAACAUCUCCCAGCCUUCCCUGACUUCGUUUGAUUCGGCACAGAAGCUGAUCUACAGUCUGAUGGCCAGGGAUUGCUACCCGCGCUUCCUAAAAUCUGACAUCUAUCAGGGACUCCUGAGGAGAACUAAUUCAAGGUGA